AUGGCCUUUUUGUUUAAGAAGAAGGCUCACGCCCAGCAGAGCCAGCAGUCGGCUGCACUUCCCCCGGCGACUAGAAAUGUCCACACUUCCGAGGGUGCCCCAUCCACUGGAUCGCCCAAUAUGGCCAACGGGGUCAAAGGGGAUGGCAUGCAUUCCCAGACGCCAACUCCAAGCGGUAGCUUCAGCAAUUCCCUACAUUCCGCCACAAGCCCGACGAGUCCAGACGCAGUACGAUCGCGGCAGAGAGCAGAUUCGGAAUCACAGGUGGGUAUCUGUUUUGUGAUCCAUUGGUCGCUCUUUGACGAGGACAGAGCUCUAAUGUCUACAACAGAUGCAAAGAUCCCAGCAACCACCCAACGGGAUCCCCCUCCAAGCCCCAGUUCAUCCCUUUACCCAUGGUCGCAACGCCGUUUAAACUUCUCCUCUCCCCAAAUGAACCCGUUUCCUCGCUAUGGAGCAGCAAUCAAUUCGGUGGCAUCUAAGGAAGGAGACAUAUAUAUGAUGGGAGGCCUGAUCGAUGGAUCAACCGUCAAGGGUGACCUAUGGAUGAUUGAAAGCAGUGGUGGUGGUUUGAACUGUCUGCAAGUUGCAACAGUGUCCGAAGGCCCUGGCCCGCGAGUCGGUCAUGCCAGUUUGCUCGUUGGGAACGCAUUCAUCGUGUUUGGUGGUGACACCAAAAUCGAGGAGAAUGAUUCUUUGGAUGACACUCUGUACCUUUUGAACACAUCUUCUCGCCAAUGGUCCCGCGCUAUCCCCCCAGGCUCUCGACCUUCCGGGCGUUACGGUCACACGCUGAACAUCCUAGGCUCCAAACUCUACGUCUUCGGAGGGCAAGUGGAGGGCUUCUUCUUCAACGACUUGAUUGCAUUCGAUUUGAAUCAACUUCAAAGCCCAACAAAUAAAUGGGAGGUUCUGAUCCCGAACAGUCACGAAGGUGGGCCUCCACCAGGCCAAAUUCCCCCAGCAAGAACAAACCACACCAUUGUCAGCUUCAACGAGAAGCUGUACCUAUUCGGAGGUACGAACGGCGUACAGUGGUUCAAUGAUGUCUGGUCUUAUGAUUACAUUUCCAAUACCUGGACCGAAAUUGAUUGCGUUGGCUUCAUACCGGCUCCUAGGGAGGGUCAUGCCUCUGCUUUGGUUAAUGAUGUGAUGUAUGUGUUUGGAGGCCGCACAGAUGAAGGCGUGGACUUGGGAGACCUGUCAGCUUUCCGCAUCUCAACUCGACGAUGGUACUCAUUCCAAAACAUGGGUCCUGCGCCGUCCCCUCGAUCUGGGCACAGCAUGACCGCUUUUGGCAAGCAGAUCAUUGUUAUGGCGGGCGAACCGAGCUCGGCUCCUCGGGACCCCGCGGAGCUUAGCAUGUCCUACAUCCUUGAUACUAGCAAGAUUCGGUACCCCAAUGAUUCACAAGCCGGAGGACGCGCCCCCGAAGCGGCGGCCAGAAAAACAAGUGUUGAUAAAGCAGGUAUCUCGUCUGGGCGCACAUCUCGGGAGGCACAAAACGCUGGCCCAGAACAGCAAAUGCGACGCGGACCGACGCCAUCGCGUGAGAGCAUGAUACAGGGCACGGCUGCUAAUAGGCCAGGGGAGUUCGGCUCGAACCCAAAUUUGGGACCUGGAUCUAGACUACCACGGGCAUCAAUUGCUCAAGCCCCUGCCGGUCCACCCCCUCCUGGUCAAGCGCCAUCUCCUGGUCCUCGUGGCAAUGGCCCUGCACCUGCGAGCGGCGACGGCGGCGAAGAAUCACCAAUCAUGAAAGAAGGCCCACAAGAUCCCCAGGGACCUCCAUCGGCUGGUCGUCGAACCCCUACGCAGCAUCAAAAGCCAUCAGCCAAGGCCAUGGAAGCAGGCGAGGCAGCUCCAUUGAUUAGUGCCCCAGGCCGACAACGGUCUCUCCGGUCUCAACGACAGCGUGGGUCUAUUGACAGCGCUGACGAAUCAAUCCUUGGCCGGCAGUCUAGCGUUGAGGGCUCAGUGGAAUCCCGAAACUUCCGCAACUCCAAGACUCUUGGUGAUGAGCCACGGUCUCCUCGACUUACACCCCACCAAGAGGCGUUGAUAAAGGAGCUGGAGGUUACCAAGGCCCGUAAUGCCUGGUAUGCCUCUGAACUUGCACUCGCAAGAAAGUGUGGCUAUGUCCCCAAUGCAACCAGUAACCCCGCGCUAGACGAUCGGGCCAACGAGGCCCUGAACCUCAGCAAGAUGCAAGCUACCGUGGAUCGACAGGCGGCCAUCGCAUCGAAACGAGUUGCUGAAGUGGAGCAUCAACGCGAUAUGGCUAUCAAUGAAGCUGCAUACUCUCGGGCCAAGCUCGCCGCUCAUGGUGGUAGUCAGCGGGGAACCCCUCAGCCUGAUGCUUCUCGAGAUGGAGAUGACGAGCGACCUACCGACAUGGGACGUCGCCUUGCCCUCGCUUUGGCAUCCCAGUCUGAGUUGAAGGCUAAAUUAGAUUUGCAGACUACCGAACUUUCGCAAGAACGCCAAGCCAAGGAACUUGCUGAAGAGACAAAUGAGGCAACCCGCAAACAUCUGGCCGAGCUUGAGAUGCAAAGUAAUACCCUGGAAGCCGAAAACUUGCGCGCUGAGCUUCACCAAGCAGAGGCUCUCUCCAGAGAAGAGGCCUUCCUGCGUGCAGAGGCCGAAGCCUCGCUCCAACAACUCACCUUGGACAAAGAAGAGUUGAUGGCACAGAUUGAGGAUUCCUCAAUCCGCCUGAAAGACUUUGGCUCCAGCUUUGAUGACCUCCGAGAAGCUGUGUCUGUUUCCGCCGCGAAGACAGCCCUCGUUGAGAAGCAAUUCCAAGAGGAGCGAGAGCGUCGUGAGGGUCUGGAGAGAAAGCUUCUGCAGCUCCGCUCAGAACACGAAGAACGCACCACUGAAGUGGAAAACCUUACUCGUCGCCUCAAAGAUGCGGAGGAGUUGGCAGAAAUGCACGCCAAAGAAGCCGAAACUCACAAGAUUGCCUUCGUUUCUGGCCUGGAACGCGCUGCUUCUACAGGCUUGGAUGAUUCGUUCCGAUCUCGUGCUGACCAGCGAGUCGCUGCUUUAGAAGCCCAGAUUGAGCGGUCCACCACUCUAGCUAAGGCCAACCAGGCAGCCGCCAACGCAGCUUCAGACAAACUCCGGCGCGCAGAGGAACGGAUUGCUGGUCUUGAAGCAUACCAGGAGCAGGCCAGCCGCGAAGGCUUGCAAUUGCGCCGACAACUUCAGACUGCUAUGAAAGAAAGCCAAUUGGCCGCCACUGAGAACCGGGACUUGAAGACACAACUUGAGGCUCACCAGCGAGAGGCUGGAGCUUUGGCGGUUCAACAUGCCGCUUUGAAGGAUCUGCUUAGUGAGCGUGGAGUGAGCAGCGACACCAGACGGUCCCCACGGCUUGACUCCCCCGGAUCACGAUUCGGUACUCCAGAGCAAGGCCGACUACGCGAGCUCGAGCAACAACUCUCGGCUAGCAUUAAGGCUCAUGACGACCUAAAGAAUAGCUUUGAAACCCGUGAGCAGGAAGCCGACCGAACCUUCCGAGAGAAACUCGAGCAACUUGAGAAUGAUUACCAGUCCGCGGUUCAUUACGUGAAAGGCACCGAGAAGAUGCUGAAGCGUAUGAAAGAUGAGCUGAGUCGGUAUAAGACCCAAAAUGCCAAGAUCCAGUCUGAAUUAGAUGUGGCUCAGAAGAGCCUUGAGAAUUCAGACAGCCAGACAUCUUCCGCCGAGUGGGACGCUGAACGGUCCCGCCUGGAGCUGUCGAUUUCCGAUCUCCAAGAUCGAACUUCAUCUUCUAUCGCCAGCCUUGAAGGCCAGAUCACACAGCUCAAACAAGAUCUGGAUCAGGCCAAGGCCGAGAAAGAGUUAUCGCGAAGUGAACAGGAGCGUCUCAAGCAAGAUUUACUCACCGCGGCCGAGCAAAGUCGCACCGAGCUGGACCAGCUCAAGCAAGAAAAUACCCACCUUGAAACUCGUGCAUCGGAUGCUGAACGCAAGGUCAACAUGCUUCUGGAGCAGGUUCAGACGUCAGUCGGUCAUUACCGCCGUCAAUCUCAGCAUGGGCAAGGUACCAAUGGAAUCUCGCGCACACACAGCAAUGCUUCUAGCAACACAGUCAGCGGUGGCCUUGGGCGGGCACGAGCUGACAGCAAUGUCUCGCAGGACUCUACAUUCCUUGACAAUCGUGGUUCGAUGGCUCUGGACUCCCUUGCCAACGAGUUGGACGCUUUGCGUAGUCACUGGGAAAGCACCAACCGCAAUUACCGUCUGAGCAACCAGCUGGAUCUGGAUCGGACUCCCACCAAGGAUAAUAGUGAGGGACCUGCACUGAUGAGUGAUAGCUUGGCAGAAUGGAGGAGGAGACUGGACGAUGAUGACCGGGUUGGAUUUGAUGUGCAAACCAAGCCAUUGAAAACUGGAGUUUCACACUCCGAACACCCCAACGUGAUCUAA